UCUCCUACGCCCUCCUGCUAUAAUAGCCGCGCUCACAGCUCUCUCUACCUACUACCACCGUCUAUCCCUGUCCAUCUGUCCCGGGUUUGUCCCACAUCCCGCACACGGAACGCGCCGCCGAACGAGAGAGAGUGUGGGAGAGAGAGUGAGAGGGACAGUGCGACGAACCUGAACGUGCUACGUACACCAGGAGGAGGAGAGGAACAGAGAUCGAACGUGGAACGUGGAACGUGGAAGAGUAGGAAAAGGGAGAAAAAAAGGACAAGGGGACGCGGCCGGAUUAGGGAAUAGAAUAGUCAUUAUCGGUCUACAUAUUCGGUGUGAUAUACCCGCUAGUGCAAAACUCGUCGUGUAGCAGUAGCGGCGAGUGUAGCGGUGUGGUGCCGUGUGCCGACCGAUCCGAUCCGAUCCGAACCGAACCGAACCGACCCGACCCGACCCGACCGACCGACCGACCGACCGAUCGACCGACCGAUCCGACCCGACCCGACCGACAGGGAUUUCCUAACCUUUGUUUUCGACAGUGUCGUCGAGCCUCACAACUGCCGCGCACAACCGGCGAACCGGCCGUGCUCCGUCCAGCUCCACCGAUUCCAGCCCCCCAAAGGAUUUACCUCUACGCUUCUUUUCUCGCCCGAGAAAAACAUCCCCGUCUGACGCCGCUCUCGACGCCAUUCCCACGGGCACGGAAGCAGCGGAUAAUUCCUAGAGGCGGAGGCGGUUCACGUGGAAUCGGCCGCGAGGCGGGGGGGCGGUCGAGGUGGUGGGGGCAGAGGGAGUACUGAUGUGGCCGAACAGCCUCGGCGGUACUUCCGGCUGCAGCGGGGGCGCCGGCGCCACCGAUCUCGGGGGCCUCGCCGCCUCCACCACCUCGGCCUCUGAUCUCUUCGGGCCCGCCGCUUUCGGGGCGUCCGCGGCCGGGCCCUACGGCGCCCUCAAGACCAACCCUUACGUCAGCGCCCUCGGUAUGCCGCCCAUCGAGGCCCUCCACUCGACCAUCGGAUAUCCAGGGUGUACUCCCGCCGGUGAGUCCUACUACUGUAAUCCAAGAAAGCAGCGAAGGGAACGGACGACUUUCACCCGGGCGCAAUUGGACGUUCUCGAGGGUUUGUUCUCGAAGACCAAAUACCCGGAUAUAUUUAUGCGGGAGGAAGUGGCGAUGAAGAUCAAUUUACCGGAGUCGAGAGUGCAGGUAUGGUUCAAAAAUCGCAGAGCCAAAUGCAGACAACAGCAAAAGCAACAACAGCAACAACAGGACAAAGCUCCAAGAUCCAAGAAGCCUUCGGGAAAUCCUAGCAAUAAUCCGCCCUCUGGAAAAAGUCCUUCGAUAGCUACCACACCCACGCCUGCAGCGGCUGUACCAGCCACGACACCUCUAAGCGGAGGUACAGGUGGUUCUGCUGCUAGUUCUCCGGCUCUCCUGAGGGAUUCUCCGCAAUACAAACCAGCAGGAAGUGCAACCAGUUUGCUCUUGGCUGCCAGUACAACCCCACCAAGUUUAGGGGGAACGGUGUACAGUAGUGGUGGCAGUAGCAGUAGUAUUUGGAGCCCGGCUGUCACGGAGAGCGGUGGUGGAUUUCCUAGUGACCAUCAGAGGUUAGCAUGGACAACAACCACCUCUCAACAGCAAUGCUACCAAAAUUAUUCUUCUUAUUAUACCAACAUGGACUAUCUCUCCCCUGCCACGCAUCAAUUAAACGUUGUGGAUGGAGGAGGCAGUAGUUUAGAUAAUACAUGGAGUAAAACGAGGGACGAGAGCGCUUCGUCCUGGUUUUAUAACAGCGCCGGGUGGGGCGAUCGCAAGUGAAUAUCAAAAUCGCCAAUUGAUGGAGAUAUCAAGGCUACAUAUCAUCGACAAUAGUUAAGCGGACUUUGAAAAAUCGAUGGCAGAUUGUUACAAUGCGAAAUAUGGCCAAAGACAGUCCUCUUAAUUUUAAACAUAUCGUUGAUUCGUUGGGUCUCGAUGUUUUAUCGUAUGACCCGAUGAAACGAGAGUGCCAUACCCAUUCUCUUCUCAAAAGGAUUCGCAGAGUUGAAAUUUAAAUCGAGAGUAAUGCGAUUGAAAUGGAUGGAACGAAGGAGUGAGAAACGAGUUAUUCGUUUAAAAUUAGCUAUUUCGAUUUAAUAAUUUUCCCCUUUAAUCAGGUUCAUCUUUUAAUUUUUACGUGUCUGAUUUAUCGUCUCCUCGUGUUAAAAUGUGCAAUUUCAUAAUAAUUUUGACUGCAAAUACGAGAUAUUCCUUUCCUCUGGAUAUAUGUUCGUUUGUUACUAUACGAUCCUAGUCAUCUCGUAAAGUAAUAAAUAUCCAUAAAAAUAUUUUGAAGAUUAAAAUCGUAUUAAGAAGAGGGAAUGGAGCGAUUUACAUUAUUUCAUCUUUUCUUCCCGCUUACGGUUAGUGUUAUAUACAUGUGAUACCGUUUAUAUACAUAUGAGAAUGCAUCUGGUGAACGUAUCCUAUUGUGCGAGUCACGAAUUUUCUAAUUCUGCACUGUGCCAAAGGUAAUCGUUUUGCGAAAGGACCGAACCUUUCGAUGUCGAUCAAGGCCUCUGAUGUAUAUAAUAUAAAUAGCCUUGUGUCCUUCAGAGGAAUUAACGUAGUUAGAUAGAAUUUUGCAGGAAAUAACGAUAAAAUAAGGUAGACCCUUCGUUAAAAGAUUUCUCAGCAGAGGUUAUGUAUGUAUAUGUUCGUGUACGAAUACUACGUCAUAUACUAUGUACAUAAGUUAUAUAUAAAUAUAUACAUAUAUAUAUAGAAAGACACGCUGAUCUGUCUGUGUACAUAUGUACCAUUUUUCUGAAAUAUAAUUAUGAAUUGAUAGGGAGAUCAAUCGUUAUCCGAAGAUUACUAUUAUUUUCAUUCUAACACAUCCGUAAUCUAAAUCAUUGUGGGGUUUUAAUUCAUUUCAUCUUGGAUAUUAUACUGUACUGUAAAUAAAAUAUUCUCGAACAUGCUCACGAUAGAGUGCCGCUAGAGAGUUGAAAUUUAUAUUUUCGAUUUUACGAUCCUUUUGAUCAAAGCCAGUAUAAGAAACGAAACUUUUCUUCGAGAAGUCCCACAAAUACGAAAGUUGAUGUACGGAUUAAAAAAAAAAAAAAAACAAUAUGUAAAGUGAUAAAAAAAAGUAUAUAGUGAAUGUAGGGAUGUAAGUAUAUGAUCGUUUAGAUUGUUAUUAUAAAUAAUAUUGACGACAAUUAUGAUUAAUUAUGAGGGAGACAACGACGUACGUGUAAUAAAAUGUAUGAGAUAAUAUAUCGAA